UGCCUACGUUCCACCAGGAACUUGCCACCCCGACUCCUGCCUCGGCCCUCCCUUCCUUGCUCACUGACCCUUCUCUCUCUCGCCCCGGUGUUUGCCACAGACGGGUUCCCAGUGAGGCGUCCGAGCUACCGGGAGCCCAACCUGAGCCAGAAGCCCCGGUUCCUGGUGGGCCUGCGGACCCACCUGCUGCCACAGGGCUGUGAGUGCUGCAUGAGCUGUGCAGUGCAUGGCUGGCCGCGGCCCCACGUCACCUGGUUCAAGGACGGCCGGAGCCUGGCGGGAAACGCCGCGGUGUACAGCGCCGAUGUGCUGGGCGUGUGCUCCCUCAUCAUCCCCAGCGUCUCCCCCAAGGACAGCGGCCGGUACAAGAAUCUAGCUCCUAGCCCCGCCUCACCCCGGGAUGGCCCUGUCUGGCUCCACAGCCAUGGGAUGAUGACAGAUCCUCAAAACUUCGCUCUUGACACCAACACUGACCCAGAGAGCCGGUCCUGAAGGAUGGAGGACACUGGUCAUGCCCAGAGCCCCAGGGAGGCAGCAGUGAGGAGCAGGAGGGCGUGGAGUCCUUUGGGGAAGAAAAAGAAGAGGGGAGGACAUUCAGCCUCUCCACCCCAAGCCAAGUCCCUGAACAUGACCAUGAACCUCCUCCACUCUCUCCACGGGAGCUUCUUUCUUCUCCACUUCUUCUGGGAGAUCGGGAGAUCCGGACAGAACCUGUCUGCAAGAGGGAGGCCAACUCCUUGUUUUCCGGAAGCGGAUUCCUGGAGGGAGAGCAGGAAGAGUUGGGCCUGCUGUGAGCACACGAGGGAGGAAUGAGGAGGUCAGAGGACCUGAGUGAGGGCCAGGGCAUCCAGGGCAUGUGUGGAGGGGGGCUUUCUGUACUUUUCAUCAUUAAAACGUUAGGCUGA